CCUCAAUCGGUGGCUCUCUACAUAAACUUUACCUGGCCCGAAUGUGCCAGACGCAGAGUACUGAGCGAUUACAGGACUACUGCGACCAGAAUACCUUGAUCAACUGGGAAUAGAGUUGACUCGGUCUUCUCACUAAUACUUUUGUUUCGCCUCACAAAAGUCAUCAAGUCGCCACAGUUCAUGAUAUCAGACACCUCUGUCAUUUCUACAACUACAAUUCUUCACUGGUCUGACUUUCAGAAUCACCCAUUUCAUUCUUGACUGCCGAUUGAACCACUCAGUGUUGUGAAGAUCGGCCAGUAGUUACACAGAGCAGUGAUGACGACAUAUCUCGACCCUCGGCCUCGACUUUAAGCAACCAUGGAUUCUACAGAAGAACAAAACAGAGACGGAGACUCCGCAUUCAUGGAGGCCGAUCAACCUGGAUCUAGUGCUACUGUCAACGGGCACACUGCCGGCAGCGAAUCUGCCGAAACGCUUCGCCUUCGGAGUCUGGAUGCUCAGGUUCGCGACCAGGAUGACCUUGAGCGAAACAUUGGUCGCGAGGCUGAUAGGCUUUUGUUCGAUCAAGCAAACCAGCGUGACCAACAGCGGCUCGACAAGUCCAGAUCACAGAAGGAAAAGCUACAGAAUCAAAUCCGAAAGACUUGGGAUGAUAUUAGCCAGCCCAUUGGUACAACUCGCCGCACAAAACUCCGGCAGGAUGUCGAACGCAUGCAAGGUCAAAUUCAAGACUUGGACAAUGAUAUUGCCGAUAUUGAGGAGAGAAUGCGCGAGCGCGAGACACAGGCUGGCGCGGACGAGCAGCAUGAUACCUCUGCCACAGGUCGUCUGCCAAAUGAGACGCAACGGGACUUCUUGAUCAGGACAGGAAAGAUCACCCCGUUCUCCAAGUUUGGCCUCUCCACCCAUGGCGAAUCGUCAGCAACUCUUCAAGGAGCGCUUUUGGAUGCCGAGGAAGAACCAGACCUUGACGAGAUUACACCCGAUGGGGCUAGUCGCAAGCUCAUGUCCCAUCGUCACCUGAGGCAGCCCGGCUUUGCGUCAAACUUUAAGGAUUCCAGCGCUGAAGAAGAGGUUGAGUCUGAACAGCCCUGGAAGCGAAGACGCCUUACGAAGAAGUCCGGAGGGAAGGACGAUGACGACUCCUACGAUGAAAGCUCAUUGCAAGACGAGGUCGCUUCUUCCGAAUCUCUUGACGAAGAUGCAGAGGAUGAAGGCAUGCCUACUACUACUGGCAAGAAGCGGCGAGCAAGCCGAAAGAGGACCGCUGGGGCAGAUGAUGAGGUAGAAGACUUUCGUGGCAUAGAUGACGGAAAUCAAGCAGUUUACCAAUCACGCGUGAAAAAGUGGGCAAUCAGGCGGCGACGUGCCAGGAAUCGCGUUCUACAGAUCCAAGAACAAGAGGACCUGGAAGCAGCUGACGACACUAUCGUCGAAGAGGAGGCACAUCUUCCGCACCCUGAGAUAGCCGACACCAUCUACGAUAACGGUUACAGGCUUCCUGGAGACAUCUUUCCCAGCCUCUUCGACUACCAAAAGACAGGAGUGCAAUGGCUACACGAGCUGUACACUCAACAGGUUGGAGGCAUAAUCGGUGAUGAAAUGGGCCUAGGCAAGACUAUCCAGAUGAUCGCCUUUUUGGCAGGCCUUCAAUACAGCAAGAAGCUGGAUAAGCCCAUCAUUGUGGUUUGUCCAGCUACUGUCAUGAAGCAAUGGGUGAAUGAGUUUCACAGAUGGUGGCCUCCUUUUCGCGUCGCUAUCUUACAUUCUUCUGGUAGUGGUAUGGUCAACCUACGGAACGAGUCUACCAAGGAAGAUCGAUUGCUCGACAUGGAAUGGGACCCGACUCGAAGCCGUGAGCCGUUGACGUCUGCUCAAAAGGCCGCACGCAAAGUGCUGAACCCUAUUUUGGACGAAGGCGGCGUGCUUGUGACGACUUACUCUGGGCUACAGACUUAUGCGCCACUUCUCAUCCCGGUUGAUUGGCAGUAUGCCAUCCUUGACGAAGGCCACAAAAUCAGAAAUCCCAACACUGCAAUCACCAUCUAUUGUAAGGAACUACGGACACCAAAUCGAAUCAUCCUCUCAGGCACGCCAAUGCAAAAUAACCUGGUCGAACUCUGGUCCUUGUUCGAUUUUGUCUUCCCCAUGCGUCUAGGGACGUUGGUCAAUUUCAGAAACCAGUUCGAAAUCCCGAUUCGCCAAGGUGGAUAUGCGAAUGCUUCGAAUCUACAAGUGCAGACCGCUUUUAAAUGCGCAGAGACCCUCAAGGAUGCCAUCAGCCCAUACCUGCUGCAGCGUUUCAAAAUUGACGUGGCUUCAGACCUGCCCAAGAAGAGCGAGCAGGUCCUGUUCUGCAAAUUGACCCCCUUGCAGCGUGCCGAGUACAAACGUUUCAUCAGCUCUGGUGACAUGGACGCCAUCAUGAAUGGCAGAAGACAAGUGCUUUAUGGGGUUGAUAUCCUCCGAAAGAUUUGCAAUCACCCUGAUCUGACAGACCACAAGCAUCUGUCUAUCAAACCUAGCUACGAUUAUGGCAACCCUGCCAAAUCAGGCAAGAUGCAAGUUGUUGGUUCGCUCCUCGAGUUAUGGAAAGAAACUGGCCACAAGACACUUCUGUUCGCUCAGCAUAGAAUCAUGCUUGAUAUAUUGGAGAAAUAUGUCAAAUCUCUUGCGGGCUUCAAGUAUAGGCGCAUGGACGGUAAUACUCCAAUUCAGUUUCGGCAAAGUAUGGUCGAUGAGUUCAACACCGAUCCUGACUUGCACGUCUUCCUUUUGACCACCAAAGUCGGCGGGCUUGGCAUCAACUUGACCGGCGCUGACCGGGUUAUCAUAUAUGACCCAGAUUGGAAUCCGUCAACAGAUCUUCAAGCCCGCGAGAGAGCCUGGCGGCUGGGCCAGAAGCGGGAAGUGACAAUCUAUCGCCUGAUGACUGCCGGCACAAUAGAAGAGAAGAUCUACCAUCGACAGAUCUUCAAGCAAUUUCUGACCAACAAGAUAUUGAAGGACCCGAAGCAGCGGCAGACUUUCCAUCUGAAUGACCUUCACGAUCUAUUUACCUUAGGAAAUGAAGGGGAGCCCACCGAGACAAGCGCACUUUUCAAGGAUGCGCAAGUGAAAUACAAUUCCAAGACGGCCGACACUAAGGAUGCGGCACCCGACGGCGAAAACCAACCAGACCCCACACCCAGCGACACCAAAAUCGAGGCGUUACCGGGCAUAUCCUCCGUGGAGCAAUAUGCCGGUGAAGUCGCGGAAGAAGAGAAAGCCCUCAAUGAGGGAGCGAACAACUCCGAAGCCAGGAUGAUGGAAGGUAUUUUCGUACGUUCCGGUAUCCACUCUGCCGUUGAGCAUGAUACAAUCAUCGAUGGUUCGAAGCCUGGAAAGAAGAUUGCAGCAGAUCCGGUCCUGAUAGAGCAAGAAGCUCGUAGAGUAGCUGCGGAAGCCGCCAAAGAGCUCAGACGUGCUGGUGAGCUUGCUCGGACCGUCCCGAUCGGAACUCCAACGUGGACUGGACAAUUUGGUGUCGCGGGUCGGCCACAAGAGACAACUGCUCUACGGGCUUUCAGCUCAAACUCGCGAGGUAGAGGCGCAGGCAUGCAGUCAUCAAGUCUUCUCGCUGGCUUGCAGCAGCGGCAGGCAGGUAUGGCAUCGAGCCGUGACGGCACGCCGAGAACGUCAAGUCCAGCAAGAUCAUCCGGGUCGGCAACCUCAGCAUCCAGAUCCGGUACACCAGCUCUGCCCCAAGGCAAGGACUUUGGCAAGCUCAUUCGUGAUUACCUGUCGAGCCACGGUGGGAGCGUGUACACUCAAAUGCUGAUCGAUCACUUUAACCGGCUCUGUACGACACCGCAGGCUACCGCGGAGUUCAAGGAGACGCUCAAGUUGAUCGCAAGACUCGAGAAGGGUAGUCGUGGCAGAGGCCGAUGGGUUUUGAAGGAUGAGUACAAGAAAUAGAGAUCAGGUCACUCAGAUUAAGGUGCUUGCCCGCGAAUGGGCCAUCUCAACACGCAGAUCCGUCCG